GCCCUGAACUGUCACAGAAUGAAACCCAUGCUCUUCAGCGUCCUGUGUGAGAUCAAAGAGAAAACAGGUCUCAGCAUCAGAGGAGCCCAGGAGGAGGACUCUCCCGACCCCCAGCUAAUGAGACUGGACAAUAUGCUUUUGGCAGAAGGGGUUUCAGGUCCUGAGAAAGGUGGGGGAUCGGCGGCAGCAGCUGCAGCCGCGGCAGCCUCUGGAGGUUCUUCAGAUAACUCUAUUGAGCACUCAGAUUACAGAGCCAAAUUGACCCAGAUCAGACAAAUCUAUCACACAAAACUGGAGAAGUAUGAACAGGCAUGUAAUGAAUUCACUACACAUGUGAUGAAUCCUCUCCGAGAGCAGAGUAGAACACGUCCCCGAAAUUGAAAUUCCCCAAACGAAAUGGAAAGAAUGGUGGGCAUCAUCCAUCGAAAAUUUACUUCCAUUCAGAUGCAGCUCAAACAAAGCACUUGUGAAGCAGUUAUGAUUUUAAGAUCAAGGUUCCUUGAUGCCAGACGAAAAAGGCGUAACUUCAGUAAACAGGCCACCGAAAUCGUGAAUGAAUAUUUUUACUCACACCUCAGUAACCCCUACCCCAGUGAAGAAGCCAAAGAGGAGCUGGCCAAGAAAUGCAGCAUCACAGUGUCACAGGUAUCCAACUGGUUUGGGAACAAACGAAUCAGGUACAAGAAGAAUAUGGGCAAGUUUCAGGAAGAAGCCAACCUCUAUGCGGCGAAGACAGCUGUGACGGCCGCGCACGCAGUAGCCGCAGCCGUGCAGGACACCCAGACCAACUCACCCACCACGCCAAAUUCUGGUUCUUCUGGUUCCUUUAACCUCCCAAAUUCUGGGGACAUGUUCAUGAACACGCAGAGUAAGAAUGGGGAUUCUUACCAAGGGUCCCAAGUCCGUGCCAAUGUGCAGUCACAGGUGGAUACCCUCCGUCCUGUUAUCAAUCAGAUGGGAGGCUACAGUGAUGGCCUUGGGGGAAACUCACUGUACAGUCCACAUAAUUUAAAUGCUAAUGGAGGCUGGCAAGAUGCAACAACUCCACCUUCUGUGACUUCCCCUACAGAAGGCCCGGGAAGUGUGCACUCUGAUACCUCUAACUAA